CACGCGUUGAGAUCUUCCAUUCUUCAAGAAACAAGCCAAUGAUGAGAAGCUUGAUUUUUCUGAUUGUCGCCGCAGUUUCAGUGAUGUACACUGAAGCCUUUUACGGCGGAGGUGGCUAUGGAAACAAGGCUUACGGGAACAGCCAGGGCAGUAGUGCGUACGGCGGCAGCCAGAGCAAUGGUGCGUACGGCAGCACCAACAGCCGCAGUGCGUACGGCAGCAGUGGGAGUAGCUACGGAAACAACGGGCACGGAAGCAGCGGGUCCACACGCAGGCACCAUCACCGGGUCAACAGAAAUGCCAUUGUUGCAGCUGCCAAGAAAUGCCACGCACUGCGACUGAAGAAGAUGAGUUAUGGUUCCCUGACUGACGAAGAAGAAGCUACCCUUAGCGGUUCACAAUGUGCAAAUAUGUUGUUACUUGUAGAUUAUGAACGAUGCAAGAAUAUAGCAAAGAAGCUCGAAAGUGGGCAAACGAUAGCAGACCUUGACCUGAAGUUGAAGCCAAAAUGCCGAGAUAUCGUAACAAAAGUACAAUCGAUGUUGUCUAGGCAUAGACACGGACACGGACAUCAUAGGCCUACACAAGGAGGAAAGUUUACGCGAGAACAAGUUCGAAGCUGCUUGAAGUUGCAAAGGAAUUACCAACAGCACAUUCCCUUAACCGAAGAGGAUAGACAGAUCAUUCCAAUGUGCAAGAAACUGUUCAAUGAGCGUAAUCGGGUGACGUGCAAAAUAAUUGCAAAAGCGAGAGCCCAAAGAAAACGUGUCCCAGCGAAGUAUAAUCGGUUGGAAAGGGAGUGUCCACGAAUUCUACAUGCGAGUCAGCGGAGUCAAGAAGGUGGAACCAGCAACAGCCAAGGUGCAUACGGCUCUCAGUCUUCAAGCUACAACAGAAACAGUGACGGAGGAUAUCGUUCGUCGAGUAACUAUGGAACGAAGAGCGCCUACGGCGGAGCUUCAACUAAGGGUAGUUAUGGACAAAAGACGAGACAUGCAUGGAAUCCAAGAAAGAACUUGCGCAUGUGCUCCACCGGGUAUAAGAUGAACACUACAGAAAAGAUGAAGUCGAACGCCAUGUUUAACAAAUGUAUCUUGAAGACUAAAAUUACGACUGGCGAGGCAUGUGCCAGCGCGUGCUUGAAGUGUUCGCGUUGCAAUACAGCAACGUUCAUCUCCCAAGCAAACAUAUGCCUCGCCUGUAAAGUGUACAGGAUCCCAGGCGCAAAAACUGGUCCAGAGCUCGCCCCCUGUCCGAUAUGCACUGUCUACCAAAAGGCGUGCAAAGCCGAGAAGAACCCGUUCCUUACACCUAAGAAGAACCCGUUCCUUAAAUCUGAGAUGAAGAGAGGCACAUAGAUGAAGGACAUCUUCCCCUGCUUCGUCGGAAAGAAUCGGGAGAAUCGAAACUCCUACGUACUCACGCGUUCUUCAUUUCCUGUUGUGCCUCUCCUUCGUCGGCAACAGCUAAAUCCUUUCAUUGGACUUUAUAUUUGUCAUGUGAACAACAUGUUUUAGCGACAGCCCCGAAUUGAUCUUUCUUUUCAAAAUUCAAAUCUAGUAUCAGAGAAUGGGUUGAAAAUAGCUCCUUUUUCUUUCAUUGAUAUGUAAGGUUGACAUAUAUAUGUAGAGGUGUGCACAAUGCUGUCACGCGGCGGCUGUCGGAUGAUAUCUAAUGACUGAAAAUAAAGCACUUCCAUACAGAUAAA